CCGACUGCUGCUCCAAUUCCAGCCCCAACGCCCAGCCGCCGCCCCUGGGUUCUUCAAAAAAAAAUCUGUCACCGCCGCUGAUAGAAGAAGAUCCAGCUGCCUCUGCUCUGAUUUUCCUGCCGCCGUUCUGUUGAUCUUUUGGGCGCGUGGUGCUUAUCUCCCAGCAUGCCGUGCCCAGCCUCCCUUGAUCCCUUCUUCUCCCACGCCGUGCUGCUUUAGCUCGGGGAUAAAAUCCCAUCGCGCGCAGCCUCUGCUCACCAUGGCUGGUGCGCUCAUUUUCGUCGAACUCCUUCUCUGCCAUGGCCGCCGUCAAGUUCCUCCCUGAAGCUUCCCUGCGCACGGAUCUCUCCUUUCCUCUACUCAUCUUCCCCGCGAUGUACGCCUAGCCGUGUUCCCAGCCUGCGCGCCUCUGGCCCUCUGCUCGAGCUCGCCUGGCUAGAGUUCCUAGUCGCCGCGUCCUGUCGAGCUUGGCUCCGUGCGCGCGCUUCUUCUUCCUCAGCUCGCCCAGCUCGACCAUCCUUCAAGUUUCGCCCAGCCCAGUCGCGCGUCUGCUCUGCUCGCCGACACGCGUUCCUCUCUCCGGUGCCGCGCGCGCCCUUGAUUUCCCAUGCCGAGCAGCUCGCUGGCUCUCUGAUUGUUCCAGCUCGUGGCGGUUCUCCCUACCGCGCUCGGUCUUCGUCUCUGUCGCGCGCCCGAAUUUUCUUCGUUUGGUCUUAAUUCCCGUUGCGUCGUCGACCUCGUCAAAUACGUUCGUCGUUUGGCCCUGUGUCGUUAGGCUCGUUGACCGUGUUCGCUACCGCGUGUGCUUGUUCCUAAUGCGCAUCAUGCAGUAGUUGGGUCUCGCGCGCGUGGUUUUGAAGCUAUGCGCGUUCGUCGUUCUCUAGUCCCAGCCCGACCCAUUCGUGCGCUCGCUUUUCGUCCCUCGGGUUUCGUGCAUGCUCACGUUUAUCGUCGAAUCGUCGGACCUGUCAUCCUCUGCUCCAUCCCCCACCUCACCAGCUCGCUCCCGACUUCAGCUGAAAGUCGUCGUCGUUCCGCGCGUCAGCAAGAAAUCUCAAGAAUCGGGUGAAGACGAAGCUAGCAGCGCGAUAUUCCCUAAGCACUCGACAAAUUGCCUGAAUCGGAAAAUCGCUACCGAUCUCGCGGACUCGUGUCAGUUGUGGAAACGGUAAGCUGAUAAAUUAUUUAGAAUGGUUCAAUCGUUGAAUAAAUUAAUGUGUUAGUGCGAGGCUUAUUAAGGUGCUCGAUAAAUUUGCGUGAGUCACGAAACUUUCGUCGACUUCGCAGUCCUUGCGAUUAUCGAGCCAGAUUCAGCUAUAGCGAAUUAUUUCGCUAUUCCGGUCACUUAGCUGAAUUAGUGGAUCGAGUAGAAUUUUGGUAGGCAUAUGUGAUGAUAGAAUAUUUUAAUCACUUCUAUAGAUGUGUAUGUUUACGACAAAGAAAUGUUUAAGUAAUUGUUGACAUGAAAAACAUGCGAGGAGUAAAAUUAAAAUUAAAAUAGUUCUUUGCGAGCGAUGUGUAUAAUUUAUAAAACGAGGGAUAAGUUUAGAAUUUAAUUAAGUAGCUGAUGAGUUGUGUUUAGGCUAAUCAUGUUUAAAGUGUAUGAUUUGUUUGUAAUGUUUGCGUUAGGUUCGUAUAAUUUCGAAAGCGUAAUUAUUGCGCGUAGUCUAUAUUAAUAACUAGUGUUUUCGUGUAAGAUUGUACAACGUCUCGCCGCUAGGUGUUUAAAUUCGCUAUCGCGUAGCACUAUUUAGGUUUAUAAUAUUCCCGUUCUUAUGCAUUCAUGUGCAUUAUGCAAAUCAUUUAGGUACGAUUAUUUAUCGCGCGAUGCAGAAGACAAGCCAAGUCAACCCCAAGCGCGGACUAAUUUGCAAGAUGAUGCUGGUGGAUUAACCUGAAGAUGAAUAAUCGGAACAAAUGCGAAGACAAAAGGUUGAUCGUGAAGUGGUCGUCACCUAACAACACUAACCUAUUGUUACUCAGGCAAGCCCCGGUGCAUUUUCCACUUCAUUGAUGUUUUUAAAACCUUUCUCACUUGCUUGCUGCAUUAAGUAAUAGGAGUUGAUUGCUAAACAAUUCCUGCAUU